AUGCCGCCUCCCAACUCGGCAUUGCACCAUCUGCCGCGAACUGCCCCAACGUCCCACGCCGAGUCUGAGUCCUCUCCCCAAAGAGGAUCGUCAUCGCGAUCGUCCCACACGGAUUCCCCGGUCCCUACCGACGACGACAACAUUCACGACGAGAAUGUGAACUUCCUCCGCUCGCGUUUCCUCCUCUACAGUACAUACCACCCACCCGAAGCCUCCCUCAGUCAACCUCGUCGCCGUCGAGACCCAACAUCCCACCCUCGGCCAGCCGACGAAACAGAUCGCAUGGACGUCGACAACCCCGAUCACAACGGCAACUUGCGCCUUUCAGUCGAAAUCAACCGUCGCAUCCCCAUCAUCCGCCGUCAACGGGAAGAUCAUACCAAUAACAACAUGCCGAACUAUGAAACACACAGACCAGAUCCUCGCUCGCUCUAUGGUUGGGCACCGGGCUCCGACGAUGAAGAAGAUCGACAACAUGGCGAGGAGUCCGAUGAUGACCAAAUCCAACCAUUUCUCCACGCCAUCUCUGACCGCGUCGCAUUAUCUAGCCGUCCCCGAAGGCGCGAAGCGACCGGUCGCACCCCACCUAUCAGACCCGGAGACGAGUAUGGCGAAGGAAGCAGUCGACUAAGAACCCCGCCACUUGCGACGAUGGAGGCCUUGCUCCAGUCGGCUAGACGACAACCGAGGCUGUCGCGAACUCGGACACUGGAGAACUACCUGUUGGAUCGAUAUGCAAGCCGGUCACACGAAGACUCCGAUGAGACCGAUCGCGCAGCCGCGUCGUCCUCAACCUCCUCAUCGCGAGCCUACCGAUACCGACCUUCCAACCGUGGCGAUAAUACCAGGCCACUUUCACAUACCGAUCUGCGCGCUCGCGCAUCUGCGCAUCGGCAGCUACACUCGGUUGGCUCCGGUGACACACUAUUGAAGAAUACAAUAACCUACUUGGACCGUCUGCGAUAUUCAAGCUCUUUCGAGGAGAGCAUUAGCUCCGCUGCUGCCACGGGGUUUCUCUUCGAGAACUUUCAUUGGAAAGACAGUGACUUCAUCCUGGACACAAACACAAUUGCUCCACCGGCCACAUGCUCUUGGCUCCGGCCUGGCGUUGUUUUCUCGGGCUGCCAGCGUGCCGCGAACACAGGCUCCAUCCUUUCGCAGCGCGUGUCAAAUUCUCGGGGCCCUGGCGAACCGGUCAUUGUCAACGGUGGCGAGGAGCCUCGCAUCAACGUUCACACCACCAAUGGACGACGAUAUCUUGCAAAUAAUCGGGAAGAAAACUGGCCUGUCAAGGUCACAAUCCACAACAUCAACUAUGCGGAGAUGACUCUGUCUGGCACCAUGGAAGCAUACAACAUCCCCGACAAAACUUCACCUACUCAUGAUGCACACAUUGUCACCUUCCUGGAAGGUGAAAUCAUAGAUUUCAACCAACAUACACUAGAAACGAAGAACUUCAAGGCGGAUGCCGAUAUCGACAGCACAUAUUGGCGAGAACUGCAGCCGUUCAAGGACCUCACGGAUUCCGAAAUUGCUAAGAACUUGGUUAGCAGGAAGUGGAUCACCGAGCAAUUGGCCAAGGGGUGGAUCCUGAUGCGAUGGAAAGAGCGGUGUUUUAUUACCCCCACCGACUCGCGUCAAGGCCUCACCAUUUCUGGUUUCUACUACAUUUCUCUUCGUCGUGAGGAUGGACAAAUUGAAGGGCUGUAUUACGACCCUGGCAGUUCCCCUUAUCAACAACUCUCUCUGAAACCAGAGACUCCAAAAAUGGUCCGUCCAUCUUAUACCUUCCGCUAG